AUGCUCGAAGCACGCCUCGCAGAAGCCGCCAUCCUCAAGCGUCUGCUCGACUCCAUCAAGGAGCUCGUUACGGACGCCAACUUCGAGUGCAAUGAGGAGGGCAUUAACCUACAGGCGAUGGACAAUUCACACGUCGCGCUCGUGUCCGUCAAGCUGUCUGCAUCAGGCUUUAAGAAAUACCGAUGCGACCGACCGCUGCCUCUCGGCGUAAACUUGGGCUCUUUCACGAAGGUCCUCAAGUGCGCGAAGGAUGACGAUGUGUGCAUUAUUAAAGCAGCGGAUGAUGCCGAUAUUCUGAGCUUGACAUACGAGGCGCGAAACUCUGAUCGUAUUGCCGAGUACGAAAUGAAGCUCAUGGACAUCGACGCGGACACACUGAACAUCCCAGACACGGACUACGACGCACGCGUAUCCAUGCCCUCGGCCGAGUUCACACGCAUUGUGCGAGACCUAUCACAGCUGGGCGAGUCGGUCCGCAUUGAAGUGUCGAAGGAGGGCGUGCGCUUCAUCUCGGACGGCGAGGCGGCCAACGGAAACAUCCUGCUGCGACAGACGGACGAUGAUGCCCCACCGGAGGGCGUGACGAUCGAGAUGAACCAGCACGUUAACCUGACAUUCAGCUUGAAGUACCUGGUCAAUUUCGCGAAGAGCAGUACGCUAUCGAAUGUCGUGCAGCUCAUGCUGAGCAACGACGUUCCGCUUCUGGUGUCGUAUGACUUUAAUCAGGGGCACAUCCGCUACUAUCUGGCACCCAAAAUCGGAGAUGAGUAA